AUGGGCGCUCCGCCGGUUCUCACCGGGCGGUGCUUUUGGGGCAGGCGCGCGGCCCCCACCGGCCCGCUGCUGUACACUGCCGUCACCUCGCGCAGUGACACGCCGCUGAGUCUCGUGGGCAACACGUACUACGAGAGGCGCUUCGGCAAGAAGGCCACAGCAACAACCACAGCAGCCGGAGCAGCAGCAGCAGCAGCAGCAACAACAACGCUUCCACCGCUCUGUGCGGGGGAUGUUGUGGUGAGGAUGGGCUCCGCCACGCCUGCGUCGCUGCGUAACCACCGCGUGGUUGACGUGACAGGCAUCCAAACAAGUUUUCUCGAUGCCUCGGAGCGCAAUGGGCGCGCGCGUCUCCGCGUGGACGACGUUGUAAAUUCAAUGCACCUUCACAACGGUCACGAGGUGCCAGAAGUGCGGCGCGGCGCGGUUGCUGUUGGCCGGCUAACAGUCCUAUGCGCUUUUCCCCUCGCCGGUGCCGCCUCGCUGGUGCCGCUGCUGAACGCUGCGGGGACGCUGCUGAAGCGCCAGUCGCUGACCUACCACAGCGAGGAAGAGGGCGUGCAGCUUGUGCGUGUCCUUGGGGAGAACUGCCGUGCCGCUGCACUGCAGCGGGUGUGCCUCAGACCGGUCACUCGCGGUGACUGCGUUGUUGGUGUGCGCCUUCAGUGA